AUGUCUUAGAUGCGGCCUGGUCAUGGUCAUAGCGGCUGUGGAUGCUGCGGGCCUGUGGCUCCGUGCAUCCCAAAGAGUUUUCCAUCGCGUCCCUGGCGUCCCCCGCUAGCACCAGCGCUUGGAGUUGCGGCGUUUGCAAUGCUUGCGCCAGCCUCUGAUCGAGCGCGGGGACGUGGCCUUGCUCUGAAGGCGAUGUCCAAGGGGCCUGGCCGGAUUUUUGCCUUUGCUGGGCCCAAGGGCGGCUUGAAGCCCCAAAGCCCAGCUGCAGCGGAUCUAGGCUUUUUCGUUGGCCUGCAAGGCACGGAAAAGGACUACGUGCUUGUGCAGCCUGUCAGUGAUGGAGGUCUUUCAGAAGCAGCAGCACAGCGAAGGGAUGCACUGCUGGCCUGGGGCUUUGGAGCUGGUCAUGGCUUGCCGCAGGUGGUGGACCUCCCUACUGCACAGCAACUGGGUAGCGACGGCGUGGAGUGGGAGCCCUACUGCUGGUCUGAAGAUCUGGCAAAGGAGCUGCAAAGUCCGUGUCCGCAGAUGGAGUUGUUGCAUGGGAAGACCUGGGCAGUGCAGCGUGCAGUGCAGUGGCGCCAGGACUAUGCAGAGGAGCUGCAUGUCCGCAGCGGUGGAGGUCGCUGUGGAUCUGCAGUGGACGCUGGGGUCAUUUGCAGCAGCGAAGAGGAAGCGCUGAAAGCGAUCAAUGACGUAGGACCUCGUGAUGCUUUCAUCAAAGCCGAGCUCGGCUGGGCAGGGCAGAGCAAUCGUAUCAGCCGUUACUCCGAGACACCGGAGCAACGCCAGCACUUCCUGUCCUGGCUUCGGGCACGCUUGCAAGACGGAGAUGUGCUGGUAGAGCCAGAGUAUCAGCGCGUUCUCGAUUUUUCCGUACAGUUUGAUGUCUUCGAAGAUGGCAUCUCCAUCUUUAGCAAGAAUAUUUUCCACACCAACGAGCGUGGCCACUUUGUGUCCACGGACUUGUCGCCGAAUGUUUGGAGCACCAGCUGGGCCCAAGCGUUGGAUACACGUGUCUCAGCGGCUGAAGAAUUUGCUGACUGGAUUGCCUGGUCCAUCGCGCAGUGUGUGGGACAAGCGCUGCAACGCGCCGGCUAUAGGGGACCCUGUGGGGUGGAUGGCUUUCUUUGCGCUGAACCAGAGGGCAGGCUGCUGCUGCAGCCCAUCAGUGACGUGAAUCCACGACAAACAAUGACGCGCCUUGCGGUGCAUGUCGCUGAAAGAUGUCCGAAGGAGUGGCAGCCGAGACAACUGCGCAUGUUCCCCCGGCAUAAAGCUGAAGAACUGGAGCGGAGUUGUGGUGACGAAGCCAUGUCAGCGGAGCUCGCUGACAGGUUCGGCCUGGAGAUUGGCCUUCACGCCAUUCCACUGACCCCUUUGGGGCACCGCAACCGACGGCAACGCGGCCUGGCCGUGGUGUUGCUGGUGGAGAGGUCGUCCUCAAAAUGUGAUGCAGACGACUCCGCAUCCGAGUUGAAACGCUUUGCCGAACGCGUCCUACUAGAAGGCUCAUUGGAAGCGAAAUUGCAACCGCCAGAGAGGGAGCUGUACCGCCGUUUGCAGUCAUCAACCUCGCUGGAGAAGGAUAGCCCGCUGGACGUGGCUUGGCCGCGGCGCAACCAGGAAAUUGAGCUUUGCAGAGGUUUGAAGGGUGGCAGCGAUCAACUUCCAAAGAUGUCCCACAUCAUCGCUUCUGAUGAGGCAAAGAUCCAAUGCUUGCAUAAGUUUGCGAAUCAUGAGCUGCAGGCCAUUGAGAUGUUCGCCUGGGCCUUGCUGCGCUUUCCCGAGGCCCCCGAAGCUCUGAAGCUGGGCCUUCUGCGGACCUUGGAGGAGGAACAGUCUCACUGCCGCUUGUACUUGCAACGUGCAAAAGCCAUUGCAGCUGCAAGCAACGCUAGCUGCCCUCCAAAUCCUUUGGGGUCGACACCUUUGUCAGGCUACCUGUGGAGCUGCUUAGAUGGAGUGCGGCAAGCGGAGGACCCUCUGUCUGCUUUCCUGUGUGGCAUAGGUCUCACCUUUGAGGCGGCGAACUUGGAUCACAGCCUCCGCUAUCGCGACAUUUUUCUGCAGGCGGGUGAUCAAGAAACGGCUGCAGUGCUUCAGCGUGUCCAUGACGAGGAGGUGCACCAUGUGAGAUUGGCCAAUGUCUGGCUGCGAAGGUUGGCUGGAGCUGCACCUGGGAGCAGUGAGGAUUUGGAGUUGUACCAACGCCAUGCCAUGCCGCCAGCCUUUGUGUUGUACAAGGCCCGUGGCAAGGGCUUCUUCGGUGAAGCCGCGCGGCGCAAGGCCGGGCUGUCAGAAGAGAUGAUCGCAGCAGUGAAAACUGCCAGGAGUGAGCGCAAGGUUCGGUGAGAUGCUGGGUGUGUCCCGGAGAGGAAAA